GAGCCGCGGGAGCCGCGCCGCCGGCAGAGCCGCGCCCCCCGGCCCCGCGCCCGCCCCGGCGGCAAGAUGCUGCCGGUGCCCCCGGAGGUGAAGCCCAACGCCAGCCCGCUGCAGGGCGCGAACCUCUGCUCGCGCCUGUUCGUCUGGUGGCUAAACCCCUUGUUUAAAAUUGGCCACAAGCGGAGAUUAGAAGAAGAUGACAUGUACUCAGUGCUUCCGGAAGAUCGCUCCAGGCACCUUGGGGAAGAGCUGCAAGGGUACUGGGACCGAGAAGUUCUGAGAGCCCAAAAAGACGCACGGGAGCCUUCUUUAACGAAAGCAAUCAUAAAGUGUUACUGGAAAUCCUGCUUAGUUUGGGGAAUGUUUAUGUUUCUUGAGGAAGGCACAAGGGUACUUCUGCCCAUAUUUUUGGGCAAAAUUAUUAGUUAUGUUGAAAACUAUGAUCCCACCGAUUCUGCCACUUUGUACGAAGCCUACAGCUAUGCUGCAGGGCUGAGUGCCUGCGUGCUGGUCUGGGCCAUCCUGCACCACUUGUACUUCUAUCACAUUCAGCGUGUGGGCAUGAGGUUAAGAGUAGCCGUGUGCCAUAUGAUUUACCACAAGGCCCUUCGCCUGAGUAGCUUGGCCAUGGGCAAGACCACCACAGGCCAGAUAGUCAACCUGCUGUCCAAUGAUGUGAACAAGUUGGAUCAGGUAACAAUGUUCUUGCACUUUCUGUGGGUGGGGCCACUGCAGGCUAUCGCAGUGACGGCCCUGCUCUGGAUGGAAACAGGAAUAUCAUGUCUUGCCGGGAUGGCGGUUCUCAUGAUUCUUCUGCUUUUGCAAAGCUACAUCGGGAAGCUGUUUUCAUCACUCUGGAGUAAGACCGCAGCUUUCACAGACAACAGGAUCAGGACCCUGAGCGAAGUUAUAACUGGCAUCAGAAUGAUAAAAAUGUAUGCUUGGGAGAAGUCAUUUGCAGACCUUAUUACUGGUUGGAGAAGGAAAGAAAUUUCCAAGAUUCUGAAAAUUUCCUACCUUAGAGGACUGAGUUUGGCAUCAUUUUUCUCUGUAAGCAAAGUCAUGGUCUUUGCCACCUUCAUCACUAACUACCUCCUGGACAUCGUGAUCACAGCCAGCCAAGUGUUUGUGGUGGUGACGCUGUACGAGGCUGUGCGGUUGACGGGCACCCUGUACUUCCCCAUGGCCGUGGAGAAGGUGUCAGAGGCAGUCGUCAGGAUCCAAAGAAUCAAGACAUUUCUACUACUUGAUGAGAUAUCACAUUGCAACCCUGAGGUGCCAUCAGAUGGUAAAACGAUAGUGCGUGUGCAAGAUUUCACUGCUUUUUGGAACAAGGCAUCAAAUACCCCCACCCUACAAGGCCUUUCCUUUACUGUCAGACCCGGUGAACUGUUGGCUGUGAUUGGACCUGUGGGGGCAGGAAAGUCGUCACUGCUAAGUGCUGUGCUGGGGGAGCUGCCCCCGAGCCAGGGGCUGGUCAGCGUGCACGGGAGGAUCGCGUAUGUUUCUCAGCAGCCCUGGGUGUUUUCAGGAACUGUGCGGAGUAAUAUUUUAUUUGGGAAGAAAUAUGAGGAAGACCGAUAUGAAGAAGUAAUAAAGGCUUGUGCUUUGGAGGAGGAUUUUCAAAUUCUGAAGGAUGGGGAUCUAACUGUGAUAGGAGAUGGAGGAACCAUGCUGAGUGGAGGGCAGAAAGCCCGGGUCAGCCUCGCAAGAGCCGUGUAUCAGGAUGCAGACAUCUACCUCCUGGACGAUCCGCUCAGUGCAGUAGAUGCAGAAGUCAGCAGGCACUUGUUCGAACAGUGUAUUUGCCAAGCCCUGAAGGAGAAAAUCACAAUCUUAGUGACUCAUCAGUUGCAGUUCCUAAAGGAUGCAAGUCAGAUUCUGAUAUUGAAAGAUGGCAAAAUGGUCAAAAAGGGGACUUAUUCUGAGUUCCUGAAAUCCAGUGUAGAUGUCAUUUCCUUUUUUAAGAAGGAGAAGGAGGAGGCUGAACCAUCUCCAUUUCCAGGAACUCCCACUCUGAAGAAUCAGACCUCCUCCAAGUCUUCGGUUCAGUCUCAGCAGUCUUCCUUGUUGAAAGAUGCUGCUCCAGAGGACCAAGAUGCUGAGAAUAUACAGUUCAUACUACCGUUGGAGGACUGUUUCUAUGGGAAAGUUGGUUUUAAGACGUACAAGGAUUACUUCACAGCCAGUGCUCACUGGUUUAUCAUCAUUUUCCUUUUUCUAGUGAACAUUGUAGCUCAGGUUGCCUACGUCCUUCAGGAUUGGUGGCUUGCAUACUGGGCAAAUGGACAGAAUACUCUGUAUGGAACAGGAAUCGUAAUUGUGAUACCUGAUCCUGCCUGGUACUUUACAGUUCAUGCAGUUCUAACUGUAGGUACCAUCCUUUUCGGCAUCACAAGAUCUGUGUUGAUAUUCUACAUCCUUGUUAAAUCUUCACAAACUUUGCACAACAAAAUGUUGAAGUCCAUUUUGAGAGUUCCGGUAUUAUUCUUCAAUAGAAAUCCAAUGGGAAGGAUUUUAAAUCGUUUCUCCAACGACAUUGGGCAAAUGGAUGACUUGCUACCCCUGACAUUUCAAGAUUUCAUCCAGACAUUCCUACUUGUGAUUGGUGUGGUGGGCGUGAUGGUGGCGGUGAUUCCUUGGAUGGUGAUACCAGUGAUUCUCCUUGGCAUCAUUUUCUUUGUUCUUCGGCGAUAUUUCUUAGAGACGUCACGAGCUGUCAAACGCCUGGAAUGUGCAACACGGAGCCCGGUAUUUUCCCACUUCGCAUCUUCUUUCCAGGGACUCUGGACCAUCCGGGCAUACAAAGCCGAACAGAGGUUUCAGGAACUGUUCAACGCACACCAGGAUUUGCAUUCAGAGGCUUGGUUCCUGCUUUUGACCAUGUCCCGCUGGCUCGCUGUGCGUCUGGAUGUCCUCUGUGCCAUCUUUGUCACUGUUGUUGCCUUUGUGUCCCUGAUUCUGGCAGAAACUUUGGAUGCUGGGCAGGUUGGCCUGGUGCUGUCUCUCGCCCUCACACUCACAGGGAUGUUCCAGUGGUGCCUCAGGCAAAGCAUCGAAGUGGAGAACAUGAUGAUCUCAGUAGAAAGAGUGAUUGAAUAUACAGACCUUGAGAAAGAAAUGCCCUGGGAAUACAAAUAUCGUCCACCGCCGUCCUGGCCCCAUGGAGGAGAGAUUUACUUUUACCAUGUAAACUUCAGGCACAGCCUAGAUGAGCCUCUGGUAUUGAAGCACCUGGACACACUCAUUAACUCAAGAGAAAAGGUCAGCGUUGUGGGAAGAACAGGAGCUGGAAAAAGUUCCCUCAUCUCUGCCCUUUUUAGAUUGGCAGAACCCGAAGGUGUCAUUCGAAUUGAUGGGAUCCGGGCAACCAGAAUUGGACUUCAUGAUUUAAGGAAGAAAAUGUCCGUUGUAUCUCAGGAACCUGUUUUAUUCACCGCAACAAUGAGGAAAAAUCUGGAUCCCUUUAAUGAGCAUACGGAUGAGGAGCUGUGGAAUGCCUUAGAAGAGGUACAACUUAAAGAAGCCAUCAAAGUUCUUCCUGAUAAAAUGGAUACUGAAUUAGCAGAAUCAGGAUUAAACUUGAGUGUUGGACAGAGACAACUGGUGUGCCUUGCCAGGGCUAUUCUCAGGAAAAAUCAGAUAUUGAUUAUUGACAAAGCCACAUCAAAUGUGGAUCCAAGAACUGAUGAGUUAAUACAAAAAAAAAUCCAUGAGAAAUUUGCCCAGUGCACUGUGCUGACCAUCACACACAGGUUGAGUACCGUUAUUGACAGUGACAAGAUAAUGGUUUUGGAUUCAGGGACACUAAAACAAUAUGGACCGCCGUGUGAGUUGCUGCAAGCUACAGACAGCCUAUUUUACAGGAUGAUGCAACAACUGGGCAAGGCUGAGGCCACUGCAAUCACUGAAAGAGCAAAAUAGGCGCACAUCAAGAGGAAAUAGCCAGAUAUCACCCACAGUGACCUUGUGGCUAUGAACACUUCCAGUGGACCGCCUGCAGCCUUAACAGUUUUUGAGUCAGCACUUGGAUUCUAUCCUGAUGUCAAGUUUAUUCCAAAGGCAUUUUUCCAAUAGUUUUUGCACUGCAUAAACUAGAUUGUACUUUUUUUUUUAACACCAGCAACAAAUAUUUACGCAUACAAUAUGUUAGUUUAUUUGGAUUUUUUUUCUCCAAAUUCACCCAAUUAUUUCAAGCUCUAACAAAAUGAUUUAUUUUUGUUUCUAUGUUGUACUAUUUUUUUCUUAUCCAAAUCAGAGGUGCAGGCUACCAUUAAAAGCUGUCUACCAGGUUUUGUGCCUUGAGAGACUCCAGAGCUGAAGCUCAUUUUCUAAGGUAUAAAACAAAGUUGUCACAGAUGUUUUCACUGUUCCCUAAAUUACAUAUUACUUUCCAGUUAUGUCAGGAGUUCUCUUUAUUUGAAGACUGUGUGAAAUUGCCAUUUUGUCUCACCACUUUCUUUAACCUAACUAGGAUGUGUUAUUCCACCCAAAGACCUCUAGUUAAAAUAGCACAGAUAAAACUAAUAGGGAAAACAAAAAUUAUACUUUAGUUUAAGUGACAGAGGAGAGAGAGGCAUUCCCCCCAAACUAAAACAUAUAUGGUUAAAAUACAGGACAAUAAUUAUGUGUUCUAAAAGAGAAGGAAGAGAAAAUAUGCUUUCAGGAGCCCUUAUGGGUGAUUUGAUAAUGAAGGACACUCAUGUGGUCCUCUCAUCAUUUUCUAGAUGGAGGAUUUUAUUGUAUUUUAUUUUUUACAUUUUUUAUUGUGGUAAAAUAUAUAUAACAUUAAAUUUGCUAUUAUAACCAUUUUAAACAUACAGUUCAGUGGCAUUUGUCACAUUCACACUCUUGUGCAACCAUCAGGGUCAUUUUUGGUAAGUUUCAUUUCUCUAGGAAUUAAUCUAUUUCCUGUGAGUCUUGAGUUUGGUAUAUUAUUCAUAAUACCCUAUGUGCUUAAUCUCUACAGCAUCUGUCAUUAUGUUCUUUUUUGCUUUUUUAUUUUCUCUGAACCUUCUCCCUUUUUUUGCCUUGAAUAACCUUGCAUGACUUUUUCCUGUUUUCAAAGUAGCAAUUUUUUUGGCUUGAUUGAUCUUUUCUGGUUUUUUGUUUCCUAGUUCCUCAUAUUAUUCUUUCUUUCCUUCAACUUAUUUAUUUUGAGAUUUUUUUCUCUAAAUUCUUAAUUUGGAAAAGAUAAAUUUUUAACUUAAUUUUUUUCUAGUAUAAGUACAUGCAGCCUACUUUUUUUACCCUAAGGCCCACUUUAGCUGCAAUCUACAAGUUUUGGUACUUAGCACUGAUUAAUAAUCACAGUAUUAUGUAUUUUCUAAUUUUUAAUUUAAUUAAUUAUAUCUUUUACCCAUGAGUUAUUCAUAAAUGUAAUGUUCUCUAAACUCCAAAUGUUAAUAGCUUUUUUGUGAAAUUGUUAACAUUCAAUGUCUUUUUUUAACCUAUAAAAAGGGCAUUGUUUACUUUUGUUAUUAAUGUAUAACAAUUUCAUUUUUUUUUUUUUUUUUCCUGCAAAGUACCUUUAAUAUGUUUGCAUCAGCAGCAAGCAUUAGGAUGUUCUAAUUUUGGCACCAUAAGUUAUAUGUGUAGCAUUACACAUUAGAUACCAGGCCACCACCCCAACCAAUAUUUAUCCAUAUGAAUAGGAAAACUGAACAAAAACAUCAUUCUGAUAAAGGCUGCAUUCAUAAACCAAUACAGUUUAAGGUAAUUUUUUUUUUUCACAAUUAAGGGCUGCCGUUUAGGAUUUGUUUUGUUAAUGAUAAAUAAAAAUAGGAAUUACUUAGAAGAUAAAAUAUUCCACUGUUCUUUACUGUUAUAUACAUAAUAUUGAGUGUUUUGCUAUAUAAAACAUAUCCCCAAGAAGUCAAAGUAUUUAAAAACAGCGUAUCAAAUAAAGAUCACAGCCGUGUUACUGUUCAGCAACUCCAUUCAAAUAAACAUUGGUACCACAUUCCCAAAAA